AUGGUUCGCCUUUCUGUGCUCAACCUAGCAGCCAUUGCUACGCUGCUACUCGGUGCCGAAGCCGGUCCCUGUAAGCCAAAGCCGACCACAACGACAAGCCUUGCUGAGACCACCUCGACGCUCCCUGCUGAUACUUCGGCUACGUCAAUCGCCUCGACUACUGUCAUUACCACGGCCGAUACCACCACUACAAUCCCAGAGGAGACUACUACAACGGCCCUGGCAGAUACUACGACUACCGAUAAAGCAGAAUCUACCACUACGGUCGAGACAGGAUCUACUACUGUCGCGGAAGGAGAAUCUACUACUACAGCCUUGGUAGAUACUACUACAACCCAGGCGGAAUCUACCACCACCACUGCAGCGGCAGGCUGUGUUGAAUCUCAGCUAUUCGUCAACCCAAACUUCGACGACAGUUCCAAUGACGACAUCGCGCCUUGGACCAGCAACGCGUUCAUCACCCAAAACCAACCCCAAUCCGGCACUAAUGCGCUCUCCGCGACUUUCAGCAAUGGUCAACCGGAUUACUACGUCAAGCAGACUCUCCAGAAUCUGAGCGGCAACUACAAGUUCUCCUACUAUUAUCGAGUCGUCAGCGUCAGCGACAAUGCCGAUUACACUUGCAAUAUUCAACUUACGGCCGGGUCUGUAAGUUCUUAUGGCGAGAUCGACGAUAGAGUCGGUGGCUGGAAGACAGCUAGCGUAAUCUUGGAGAUGGGUGAUGCCACUAUCGCACAGGCAGAUGUGCAGUUUGGUUUAUCCUGCUACGGAGAAUUCACUGGAAUUGAGGUCGACGUUGAUACUUUUGCGUUUACGCGAGUUUGUGCCGCUUAG